AUGCACAAUGAAAAUACUCCAUUGCUACACCAUGAUAGACGAUUAAGUCAUAUCUCAGAAGUUGAUGAAAACGAGGUCGUUUCCUAUGUUCGACAAAAGAGACAAUCAAUCGUCUCAGCUCAAAAUGAUAUGCCUCGGUUGCACCAUGAAGCAAUAUCACCGGCUGUCUUGCAUCCGCAUGGAAGCCAAGAUGAGUCAACGUCAUUAAGUCCACAAGUGUCACAUUCAACUGUGUUAUCCCAAACUAUCAGUGAGAUUUUGCUACAUCAUACCGAUGAUAUUGGUCCCGAACCGAAGACGACAUUGGUGAUAGAAACAAGGCUUUUGCUAAAAUUUGCUGUGCCAAUUGUGAUUACGUUUUUACUCCAAUACUCUCUAACUUUUGCUUCUGUCUUAUCGGUGGGAAGAUUGGGAUCUACUGAAUUAGCUGCUGUUAGUCUUAGUUCCAUGACUGCUAAUAUCAGUGGAUAUGCCAUUACUCAGGGAGUUUCCACAUGUCUUGACACAUUAUGUGCCCAAGCUUUUGGCAGAAAAGAAUUUAAUCAGGUCGGUGUUGCUUUUGUGAGGUGUAAUUACUUAUUAUUAUUGUGUUGCAUCCCGACGGUUUUAAUUUGGACCAACUCAAAUUCCAUUUUGAAGUUGAUUGUCCAGGAUCAACCAGAGUUGUGUGACUUAGCUUCAAGGUACCUCAAAAUACUAUCUAUUGGGAUUCCUGGAUUUGUAUUGUUUGAAAACGCCAAACAUUUUCUCCAAUGCCAAGGAAUCUUUCAUGCAUCAACAUAUGUAUUGGGUAUCUGUGCACCUGUCAAUGCAAUCUUGAACUAUGUUUUAGUUUGGAACAAGACGUUGGGAGUUGGUUUUAUUGGUGCACCAAUAGCGGUUGUUGUCACAAACUGGCUCAUGUGUGGGUUCAUAUACAGCUAUAUCUUUUUCAUUGAUGGUUAUCAAUGCUGGCCAAAACAGUAUCUAAUCGAUAAAGUGUAUUUCACCAAUUGGAGUAGAAUGAUCAGUCUAUCAAUUCCGGGUGUUCUUAUGGUCGAAGCAGAAUGGCUAGCAUUUGAAAUCAUCACUUUCCAAGCGGCCAAGUUGGGAACUACCACUUUGGCAGCACAAUCAAUUGUCAGCACGACUUUAGUGGUACUUUAUCAGAUCCCUUUUGGUAUGAGUGUUGUAUGUUCAACGAGAAUUGCGUGGUAUAUUGGAGCUGCUUCUGGGUAUGCCGCUAAAUUGGCUACAAAGGCAUCAGUAUACACUUCAAUUGUAUUUGGGUUCAUCAACUGCGCAAUAAUUCUUACAUUCCGACACUCAUUGGCGAAGCUAUACACAAAGAAUCAAGAGGUUAUAGAAGUGGCCUCGAAAGUGCUCAUUGUCGGUGCAGCAUACCAAAUCAGUGAUUUCAUAUCGUGCUCAACUGGUGGUGUCUUGCGAGGUCAAGGUCGACAAUAUAUCGGCGGUAUUUUAAAUUUGAUUGGGUAUUAUCUCAUAGCUCUACCUUGUGCUUUUUAUUUUGCUUUCAUCUGCAAGUUGGAGUUGAUUGGAUUGUGGUAUGGAAUGAUUAUUGCGUUAUUGGUGGUUAGUUUGUCUCAGUUAUAUUUCACCGUGACGAGUAAUUGGGAUAAAAUAAUUGAUGAGUGUGUAAGCGAGGGUGUGGCUGAUGAUGGAAACUUGACCAUUGAUGCGCAUUCGUUGUUACCCAGUAUGAGCUCCACCAUUGUUGUGUGA